AUGGAGGCUGCAACAGGCUCUAGGAUUAUGCCCCAAAUGUACAAUUCUGAACCGCUGCGGCCCCAGACUAAAGUCAUAUCACCUCUCUUCAACACAUCUUCUAAAUGGAGUGGCUUGAAAAGUAUGGCUGAACUGUCACUGGCAUUGAGACUUCCUGUGCAGAAAAAGGGCAUAUCUGGAAGAACAUUUUGUUCGGCUGGGGUGUGCACAUUUCCAGGCGACACAAUUGGAUCCCAUGCUCAUUCAACAGAUGAAAAAAUAGGAGUGAUGCUUUUGAAUCUUGGAGGACCCGAGUCCCUGCAAGAUGUUCAGCCUUUCUUGUUUAAUUUGUUUGCUGAUCCUGAUAUCAUUCGCCUUCCAAGGUUGUUCCGAUUUCUUCAACGUCCUCUUGCGCAAUUAAUUUCAGUUUUACGAGCGCCUAAAAGUAAAGAAGGUUAUGCUGCCAUUGGAGGUGGUUCGCCGUUGCGUAAAAUAACAGAUGAGCAGGCAAGUGCAUUAAAAUCGGCACUAGAAGCUAAAGAAGUUUCUGCAAAUGUCUAUGUGGCCAUGCGGUACUGGCAUCCAUUCACUGAGGAAGCUGUCCAUCAGGCAAGAUCAAGCAUCCGUGUUCUUCGUGACAUGUUUAGGAAUGAUUCUCAUCUGUCGAGACUGCCUGUUGCCAUCAUUCAGUCAUGGUAUCAACGGGAAGGUUAUAUCAGGUCUAUGGCCGACUUAGUUGAAAAGGAAUUGGAGAUUUUUCCAAACCCAGAAGAGGUUAUGAUAUUUUUCAGUGCACACGGAGUUCCUGUCAGCUAUGUUGAGGACGCAGGUGAUCCGUACAGGGAUCAGAUGGAAGACUGUAUUUUGCUAAUAAUGCAAGAACUUAAAUCUAGAGGAAUAAUGAAUAAUCAUACAUUGGCUUACCAGAGCCGUGUGGGUCCUGUGCAGUGGUUGAAACCGUAUACUGAUGAAGUGCUUGUCGAGCUUGGUCAGCAAGGUGUAAAGUCUCUUCUGGCUGUUCCAGUGAGUUUUGUGAGUGAGCACAUAGAAACCCUUGAAGAAAUCGACAUGGAGUACAGAGAAUUGGCCCUUAAAUCUGGUAUUGUUAAUUGGGGCCGAGUUCCCGCUCUAAACUGUACAUCGUCCUUCAUCUCAGACCUUGCGGAUGCAAUUAUUGAAGCAGUCCCUUCGGCCGAGGCAAUAUCCACCACCUCAAGCGCCACAUCAGAUGAGGCCGAGAAUGAUCUCGUUAAAUACGCUAUCAAAAUGUUGUUUGGUUCUGUCGUAGCUUUCGUUCUGUUGCUAUCACCAAAAGUAAUAUCCGCUUUCAGGAAUUACAUGUUGUAGUUGUCUUGGCAGGAUACAUCUUUUUGUUUGUAGAAAGAGUUAUAAUAUAGGAUAUUGGCUCAUAGAAAGAAGUAUGGGCCAAAUACACUUCCAAGUUUCAACACUGCCUGUUUAGAGAGUGUUUGUGGAAUAGUAUACUUAUUUUGUUAAAACUAGAGUGGGGCUUGCUGUCUAUGCAAAUAUAGGAUAUACAUCAGAAGAGGCUAUGGUGUGCCAAGUUUGGCAUUAAUAAUGUUCUUGUAUUUGGACAUUGAUUUAUCUUUUGUGUUUCAAACACGAGACUUGACAGUUCCCUUCACAGGCAUUUCUUGACAAUGUACAGAACAUUCUUCCAAUUCCAGCUUGCAAAAAAC